AUGCCGCAGGGAGCAGCAGCAACAGCCGUGGACGGCACCGGCAAGGACGGCGGCGGCGGCGGCGGCACCAACCCCAGCACCGCCCGGCCGGCGGCGGCGCUGCCCCUGAAGCUCCUCCGCCCUCUCCUCCUCGUGGCGGUGCUCGGCACGGGGUUCCUCGCCGUCCUGGUCCUGCUCCUUGGCGGCCCCGCCUACUCGUCCAUGCUCCCGAGUCUCCCUGCCGCCGCGGACGCCCUGCCGGCGUCGGUGGGGAAGGCGCCGCUGGAGCGGUGGGUGCGGGCGCCCGCGUCCGCGUGGCACAACAUGACCGACGAGGAGCUGCUGUGGGCGGCGUCGUGGCGGCCCAGCGUCCGGCGCUACCCGUACCGGCGGACGCCCAAGGUGGCCUUCAUGUUCCUCACACGCGGCCCACUGCCGCUGGCCCCGCUCUGGGACCUCUUCUUCGCCGGCGCCGGGGACGCCGGGCUCUUCUCCGUGUACGUGCACGCCACGCCGGGUUACCGCCCCGACUUCCCGCCGGCGUCCGCCUUCUACCGCCGCCUCGUGCCCAGCCAGGUGGCGGCGUGGGGCCAGGUGAGCAUGUUGGACGCGGAGCGGCGGCUGCUAGCGAACGCGCUGCUAGACCCAGCGAACGAGCGCUUCGUGCUGCUCUCCGAGUCGUGCGUGCCGCUCUACGGCUUCCCGGCGGUGUACAGCUACCUGACGCGGUCGCGGGCGAGCUUCGUGGGCGCGUUCGACGACCCGAGCCCGCACGGCCGUGGGCGGUACCGAGGCGGGCUGGCGCCGGAGGUGCGGCGGGAGCAGUUCCGGAAGGGCGCGCAGUGGUUCGAGCUGGACCGUGCCCUCGCCGUCGACGUGGUCGCCGACGACCGGUACUACCCCAAGUUCCGGGAGCACUGCCGCGCGCCGUGCUACGUAGACGAGCACUACCUGCCGACGGCGCUCUCCAUUGAGGCGCCCGCAGGGAUCGCCAACCGCAGCGUCACCUGGGUCGACUGGUCCCGCGGCGGCGCGCACCCGGCCACGUUCGGGGAGAAAGACGUCGAUGAGGAGUUCCUCAAACAGCUCACGGCGGCGCCCGGGAAGCGCCAGGGGAACUGCACCUACAAUGGCCAGCCAGCGGACGUGUGCUUCCUCUUCGCUAGGAAGUUCGCGCCCAGCACGCUGCGGCCGCUGCUCAGGCUCGCGCCCAAGUUGCUCGGAUACGGCUGA